AUGGGAUCACCAUCAUUCAUGGGCCUUCGUGGAAGCGCUCUUACCUUAGCACAACUUCUUCUGGUUGUUUGUCCUGCUUUCAUUCUAUUCGGAUACAAUCAAUCCAACCUUGGUGGAUUGGUUUCGGUGACGGAUUUCACGAAUCACUUCCCUCGGAUCGAUACUGUUCACACUGAAGGAGAACAGAAGAGUUCAAAUGCCACCAUACAGGGCGUUGUGGUGGCCACCUUUACAUUGGGGGCGAUGAUUGGGUGCCUUUCUUGUUCAUAUACCAGCGACAGGUUUGGACGUCGUAUCGUGAUAUUCGCAGGGGCCAUCCUCACCAUGGUUGGGGAGGUCCUCGAAGCAUCUUCGUUCCAACUCGCUCAGCUCAUCAUCGGUCGAGUGAUCCUAGGUGCUGGGGUGGGGAUGUUGAGCGGUACAGUCCCUACCUGGCAGAGUGAAUGCUCUAGCUCCACGAACCGCGGAAAGCACGUCGUUCUGGAUGGGCUUUUCAUCUCCAUUGGAUAUGUGCUGCAGGCUUGGAUCAACUUAGGAUUUUACCAAAUCAAAACGGGUUCAGCAUCUUGGCGGCCACCGAUCGCCAUCCCAAUCCUGUUUUCGCUUCUUUUGAGUCUUGUUAUUUUAGUAAUGCCAGAGUCCCCACGGUGGCUGUCUCAACAAGGUCGCAUUCAGGAAGCACGAAACACCCUUGCUGCGCUCAAGGGGCUAUCAGAAGAUGACACGAGAAUCAUUGAUGAAUUAUCCGCAAUCGAACGCUCGUUGGAACAGUCCGGCCGCACUGCGGCGUCGCUUGGCGAUAUGCUGAAGAUGGGAGAGGAUCGCCUUCUCUACCGGUUUUGCUUGUGUAUCUUGUUGCAGUUCUACCAACAAAUGUCUGGGGGGAACUUGAUUUCCGUCUAUUCAACUGUCAUCUUCCAGGAGGGUCUUCACAUGGAUUCCGAGACAUCUCGAAUCUUAUCCGGAGGGACUUUGACGUGGAAACUCCUCUCCUGCUUUGUGGGUUUCUUUGCCAUCGAUCGAUUUGGGCGACGUUUUGUGCUCAUGGUGAGUGGCACGGGAAUGGCGACUUGUAUGAUGGGACUCGCCCUUGCGACUUCCUUUCCACAUUCGAACUUUGGUGCCCAGGUGGCUAGUGUUUUCUUCGUGUUUCUCUUCAAUUUCUUCAUUCCAAUCGGCUUCUUGGGCGCCAAUUUCCUGUACUGUACCGAGGUGGCGCCAACGAAGCUGAGAGUAGCCAUGUCGAGUAUUUCCACUGCUAACCAUUGGCUGUGGAACUUCGCUGUCACGAUGAUUACCCCGGUAGCGAUCAACACUAUCGGGUAUCAGUACUACAUUGUGUUUACCUACAAUGGUCGAUCGCUCGAAGAAAUUGACUUGAUUUUCCGGAACAGCCCGUCGGUCUUUGCAACUGUCCGGUAUGCGAGGGAAAAUCCUCAAUUGGCACUCGAGCAAGACUGGGCACAAGAGAAGGAGGAGAUCCGACACGAGGAGAAACGAUCGGUGCCGCGUGAAAAGAGUCAAGUGCGAUGGACGCCGGCCGAAGGUCUGUUUCUUGUUGCCUCCGUUUCCGUCUACCACGGCUCACUUGUUCAUUCGUUCAAGUGUGGGAAAUGUGAGAGGGCAGGUGCUGAAUGCUCAGUGUCUGUCCAACUGAAACGGAGAACCACUCCACGAGGGUACAUUGAACCCACCGAAGAACUCAUCCAACAACUCACGCAAGAGCUGGAAUCAGCUCGAGACCAGCUGCAACUUCUCUCAGCACGAGAAGAGGAACUCCGUGAGACUAUUGUGUCGCAGAAGAAAGAGAUCGAACAGUUGAAGGAGCUGGUUACCGCAUCUCGCCCGGGUGGCUACACGCAGCAUGGAGGAGAGAGGGCCGCUAAUGGCUCUGUGGUGGCACACCUUGGACGACUGGUCUUGGGCGACGGCAACUCCGAGUUCUUUGCGGGUUCUACGACAGGGGUUCAUUUUGUUCUCUCGGCCCAGCAGCUGUAUCAGACUACUUUCUCUUCCCAAGAGCAUUUUCCCGAAUGUUUGUUUCGCCUGCACAUCCUACGGCCUAACGGAUUGCCCGUCGCUUUGGAACAACCUAUAAGCGUGGAAAGUUGUUUGGGGGACGGCCACCUCACUUCGGGCAACAUCUUUGAGUCUCUACUUAAUCAUCUCCGUAACGUGGGUGUUGUUGCUGUUCGCGAGGCAUUUGACAAGUACCAACAAUGUUGGGGAAUCCUAUAUCCUGUGUUGUUGUCAAAACAGUUCCUUGACACUUUUGACGACACAAUCAAAGAUGCGUGGACCACAUCGAUGGAACCGCAUCUCAGGGUACCAUUUCUCCUCCAGGUGUAUGCCUUGAUAGCACUUCAGAGCAUCCAUAGUAGUACUGCCGCGACUGAAUCAAGGCCCUUGUCUUAUCACCUGGACACCAUACUGAGCCACCUACUUGGCCAGAUGCCUUGCCGAGGAGAUAUUCCUAGUCUCCAAGGCUUAAUCCUUUACCUUCUCUAUCUCCAGAUGACAUCGCAGCACUCGUUAGCAGUACGUGUCUGUGGUAUGGUCGUAAGACUAGCGCAAUCGCUCGGACUGCAUCGACAUACUAGACGAUUCAAACACUCACCCGGUGAAAGUGAGUUGCGAAGACGGAUAUGGUGGUCUGUAUAUGUGCUUGACGUACAAUCAAGCAUCCUAUAUGGUCUACCCAGAAACAUACAAGCAGCAGACACAGACACCGACCUCCCUACCAAUACCGACUAUGAUGACAUGCAUAGCGAUCAGCUGUCGUACCCGUUACCUGGAGAAACUACCCAUAUCGAGCCAUUCCUCCAGUAUGUUCAUCUCGCACAAAUCCUAUCCAGGUGUCUAGAACAAAUGUAUACGACCACCAACCGAAGAGGUGGAGUUGCCAAGAUCUUUCGACUUCAACGUGAACUUGAUCUUUGGAAACAAAAUGUUCAAUCAAGUUUACCCAACGUCGCACGGACUGGGGAACUUAUCCAGACGAGACUACAUAACAGAAACAAUAACAACACUGCCUACAACCCUGUCGAACACCCCGAUAUUAUAUCUCUAUGGUUGUUCAUCUUAGGAGAGCUAGCCACCAUGCUCAUCCAUCGCCCUGCAUUGACUUUUGGACAACAAGAACCACAAUUUGCGGAUAGCCUGCGGUCUUGCAAGGAAGCAACCACGCACCUCAUUCUAGCAUUUGAGUUAGCCUCAGAGGUGUCGUUCACACCUCACAUAUGGCCGUCAGGUCAUCACCUUGUUCUCCAGAGCGGGCUGAUGCUUCUCUAUGACCGGUGGGUUCAAACCCCAACCCAGCGGCCCGGUAUUUCAUCAGAACCAGAUACCCUCCCCCAGUUCAUUCAUAUCGCUAUCACUCUUCUAUCUAAAUCAGCUGCGCACUUGGACCAAAGAGUGGGUUCCGGAAGACCAAGGUCUCCCUCUACGACAGACACUAUAGAAUCCCUUCGACAGGCAUCGUCCUAUCUUCACUAUCUUUGUACGCGAACACUGGACAGUCAGGGUGGCUCGUGGUCCUGGCCACCGUUCAGCCAGCACUCAAUGGAAAGUCCGAUUCCUCAAGCGAGACCAAUAGUCACCGACAUUCAUUCAUUAGCCGGACCUGCGCAACCAACACUAUUUCCAGACUACUCUUCCUCCCUCUGGGCACCACUGUCCAUCGACGAGAUCAAUCAAAUGGAGAUAUUUGAGCUUACCGACCCGCUGUUGAUUCCUUGGGAGAAUUAA